AUGGGUGCUCGAAAACGCCCGGCUGCACGCUGUGCUGAAGGUGAUGCCGAUGCUGUUCUGGGAGAAGAAUCUACUCUAGAAGCAAAGCCUUUGGGAGAUCAAAGUACGGAGAACCCCCCUACAACACCUAGCAAGAAGCCAAAGCCUAGAAAGAAGAGAACAAAACAAACAGUGACACAGCCCGACAAUGCAGACAAGGAAGACGUAGAACAGCCAAGCACAAUCCAAUCGGAGCCCAGUCAGCCCAGUGGUUCACAUGAAGAUCCUGCCAACUCACAGAAAGAAACCACAAAGACCCCAGCAGGUUCCUCAAAGAGACCAGCAUCUGCAUCAGCAAAGAGACCAGCUUCUGCAAAAGCAAUGGCAAAGAAAGGCAAUGAUGACAGCAAACCAGCAGCAGCAAAAGAGAAAGCAGUGGCAAAACGGAAAUCUAGGACCAAGAAAACCGAUACAGAGAAACCGACAGGUGGUGAACCAAACCCGUUUGACAUGCCACCCGAUGCUGACCAGCAAAAGGUCAGUAGUUUUUUUCCUGCCAAAGAAAAGGAGGAGGAGGGAAACGAGCACCCAAACAAGGAGGGACAAGGAGAUGAGCCAAACCAGGAACCAAAUGAAGGCACUGAUGAAGGAGAAGGGCAGGUUGCAAAGAAUGACGGGGACAGCAAGUCAUCGUCGACAUCAUCGUCUACUACAAAGCAUUCCCAUGUUCCUCUAUUGGGAGAGUUGGAGGAUGAGAGCGAUAUCAUGUCUGGAAGCCCCUGUAUUGUGCAGCCCGACCAAAUCCGAUCCAGGAUUCAGAUGUUUUCAUUCCCUAGCAGAAAUGUUCAGCGAUUGAAAAAGCAUUGGGGGAUGGAUGCUGUGACGAACUUAGACAUCAACCUUUCGGAUGCAACAGUGGUGAGCCUUUACUCUGGUCUAGGAGGUGCUGAAAUAGCAACCACACUUCUUGGCCAUGCAGUAUCUGCUACGUUGACCCAAUCAAAUCCUGAUGGCAAACGACCAGUACAGCCCUUGAUUCCACAGUUUCUGCUGGCAUGUGACCAUUCCAAUGAGUGCCAAAAGGAGAAGCCUCGCUACAUCGUCAACAGCUUGGAGGAGUUUCUGGCCCCGGGAGCGCUGGAGAAGCUCAACGACAAGAUCGCUGCGGAGAAGGAACGCUGUUCAGCUCUAGCUGCUUGGCUUGGAGGUGCUACACAAUCUCGUGCUGCAAAGUCGAAGGCCGUCAAGAAAGACAAGGCCAAACUUCGCCAGGCAAGAGCCGCUGCCAAACAAGCCAAGAAGGACCUUUCUGAACUUUCCCAGAAAUUGGUUCUCGAACUCGUCAACAUGAUUGAGGGUGAAGAUAUGUUGAAACCAGCUAUGUCGCUUCACCCCACUUACGAGUACGAGUCGAGUGGUUCCAAGUCAGGGAGCCAGGGUGAUACUGCAGUUGGCAUGUCCGACAUCGCCGCGCAGAAACUGCUGAUACUGGUCGCUGGAAGCACGUGCACAGACUGGUCAAGAGCCUACUCAGCGAUUCUACGGGACGAUUGGGUUUUGCAAGUUGGGCUGGAUCAGCUGUUCCGUCUCCACAUCAGUCCUGGCCUUGAUGCUGGAUGCUUCUUCGCUGCCACAGCCGCCGAGGUGGAAGAGCUGCGCCAGCAAAUGGCGUUCAAUGCAAAGAAAUCGAUCCAGUGCGAUUGGCAGGACCUGCUUCCGGUGGCUGCGCAGAUGAAUCUCAAGGCGGCCUUGAAGUUGCAGCGUAUGCAACAACUUCUGAAGAAUUCUUCCGAAGUCGCCAUCAAUUUGGAUCAAGAUGUUGGUGUCCAGGAGCACUUCGGAGCAGUUGCGCCAGUAUUGCUGGCCUCAAUCACAUAUCUUUGGGGCGUCUUAAGAGGACGCCCCUACACUGCCUCAGAAAUGAUUGAGAUGCAAGGUGUCCCGAUCUUUCCUGAUGCCCUCUUCGCAUGUGGUGUGUCCCCGCUCUUCAACCACAAGGUCGUUUCUACAGCAGCUCUGAGGAAAAUGGCAGGAAACAGCUUUAGUCAGCCCUGCAUGACAGCUUUCAUAGCUUUCGUGCUGUCUCACAUGAAGACUAGGACGGCUUCGAAUGCCACUAUCGUGCCUACGGCUUCAACUUCAACCCGUGGUCAAAUUGUUUACCGUGAGACCUUAGAUUCAGAGAGUGAUUCUGACGAUGACGUUUCUGCUGAUGAAACGGAGAGCUGAUAAAGUCAGCACACCACAAUGCCAGCUGAGGCUGCCA